GACAUUUUUUUUAAUUUGAUAUCGAAAUUGAUUAUUAACAUGACUCAACAAAAGGAUCAAUAUUUCAUGAAAGAAGCAAUAAAAGAAGCAGAAAAAUGUAUCCCAAUAAAAACUGCAUUUUGUGUUGGAGCCAUAAUUGUAAAAAACGGGAAAAUAGAAUCUAGAGGGUUUUCUAGAGAAUUACCCAAUAAUACCCAUGCUGAAGAAUGCGCUUUAAUGAAACUUCCAGAUAUUAAGGUUGCUAUUGGAGCAGAAAUAUAUACUACAAUGGAACCUUGCAGUAUACGUCUAUCGGGAAAAUUACCAUGUGUUGAUAGGAUUAUUCAUUCAGGAAUAAAAAGAGUUAUACUUGGAGUUAAAGAACCUAACACAUUUGUACAAUGUACAGGCAUAUCCACUCUAAAAAAACAUGGAAUUGAAGUAGAAAUAGUUCACGAAAUGGAAAAAGAGUGUCUUAGUAUCGCAAGUAAAAAUCAUACAUGAGAGAAUUUCUAUAAAAAAAAAUACUAACUAUUUAAAAAAUCUUCUA